AUGGACUCCUCGACCUACCCAAUAUCGAACAUUGAUUUUCCUGCUGUUACAAUAUGCAAUUUUAAUAGAAUAAGCAAGAUGGCGCUCGAAAAUUACGUCCAGAAAUUCCAACGAAGAAAUAAUCAUAAGAAAGAUGCGAAAGGUAUCCGGGAGCAGUUACUGCAGUUGGGAAGAUUGAUUGAUUAUUCAUAUAAUAAGACACUUUUGAAUGCAAAAUACCAAACAUUUUACGACAACUUGGAAAAUGAUGACAGUGUGAUAGAAAUUAUGAGAGAGUUAUCGCCGCCCUGUGACAAAAUGUUGAUAAAAUGCUCAUGGUUGGGUGUCAUACAGGAUUGCAAUGAACUGUUUGAAGUACAUCUCACAGUAAGAGGUCAUUGUUGCAGUUUCAACCAUAUAUCGGAUCAUCAGGAUACUAACAGAUCGGAGACUACUCAAUUUAAAGCUAGGAGGCAACACGUACCGGGAGUCCCGUAUGGUUUGAACAUAAUUCUAGAUGCUAUGGUUGAAGACUACUCCUAUUCAUUAUAUAAUAUGAAGGGGUUUGAAAUAUUCAUCUUCGAAUCCAGCCACUUCGGAGACCCUACAGGAGGUCGUGUCAUACAAAAAAUCACUCAACCAAACUACUUGUCUUUCUUCGAAAUAUAUUCUAUCAAGCAAACGGCUACCCGGGAAGUACGCAAAUAUAAAAUUGGAACCCGUAAAUGUUAUUUUCAAGAUGAACUAAAGAAACAAUUCAAAGGUUUAUACUCAUACAGCCAAUGCAUUAUGAAUUGUCGAAUAAAAGCUGUACAAUCUUUAUGCAAAUGCACCCCGUACUAUUAUAAGGAUAGCAAAAACCAAGAUAUGCCUGUUUGCACAAUACAACACUUAAGAUGUUUAAACAAACAUAUGGGGGAUGACCCGUCGGUCCCGCCAAAUUCGGCAGAAUCUUUAGGUUCCAGAAUUCGCGACUUGGAUGUAGAUUCCAUUCGAAGAUAUUUAGCACAGAAGCUUGGUUUUUACGAACCGUCUGAACCGUCAACAUCAGUGGAAAAAGUUUUGGAUGAAGUUAAUUUAGAUGGUAUCGUAAAAUGGAUGAAAAGUGCGAGAUGUCAAAAUGUCAUAACAUUGUCCGGCGCAGGCAUAUCUACUUCUGCAGGAAUUCCCGACUUCCGUAGUCCAGAAACAGGGCUGUAUCAUAAUUUGCAGAAGUACAAUUUACCAGAACCGCAGGCCAUAUUUGAAAUAAACUUUUUCAGACAGAAUCCGAAGCCGUUUUUUACAUUAGCAAAAGAAUUAUUUCCCGGAAGUUUCAAGCCUACAAUCUCACACUAUUUCAUUAGGCUCUUGCAUGAAAAAGGGCUACUCCUUCGCCAUUAUACCCAAAACAUUGACACAUUGGAGAGAGGGGCCGGAAUUCCAGAAGAGAAGCUAGUAGAAGCUCAUGGCACUUUCUACACUUCACACUGUAUUGAAUGCCGAAAAGAAUAUCCCCUUGAGUUCAUAAAGGGGAUUAUAUUUGCUGAUCAAAUUCCUAUUUGCACGGAAUGCCCAGGAGUUGUUAAGCCGGAUAUUGUAUUCUUUGGUGAAAGCCUUCCGGAAAGAUUUCAACAUUGUCUUCAGGAAGAUUUUCAGAAAUGUGACAUGCUCAUAAUCAUGGGGUCCUCGCUUGAAGUUCAACCGUUUGCUUCUUUAAUUGAUAUGGUACCUGAAUGGUGUCCACGUUUAUUGAUCAACCGUGAGAAAGCUGGUAUCCGUUCACCACUGCUACGGCUGUGGGGCAUCAGCGGUGGGCUUCAACUGGAUGAAGAUUGUGUAAGAGAUGUGGCUCGCCUCGGAGAAUGUGAUGAUGGCUGUCAGGAACUGGCUGAUAGACUCGGAUGGGGGGACGAGUUACGGGAAUUGGUCGCUCGGGAACACGAGCUUCUUAUACAAAAGGGAAGCAUCUUAAACCCACAUCCACCAAUAUUGGAACAUUCUGGACAAAAUAUAACAGCGGAAAAACUAUGA